GCCCCGACAAGCACGCAAACUUCUUUGUUUCCUUCCAGCAAACGCCGCCUGAAGUUGGCGUUGUUGCCCGACAAUCUUACGGAAUCGGGAAGGUUUUUCUUAGGCGACUUUGGGCUUAUCAGCACCACAGGCGAUCAGAUAUCGUUGAGACAGGGAAGCGUUUGUUAAGAUCGACUUGCCAACUCUGUUGGUUCUCAAUGCCUUGGCGACAAGAUUUGGUAUGAGGUUGGGGAGGGUCAACGCAAACCGUGACAUAUACGUCUCUGUUAUCACGGUGCGAUCGCCACGAUGCCAAUUCUCGAUUUGAUAGCAUCGAUCACCGGCGAAAAGCCGCCCACGUCGGCGAACCCUCCCCCCCGUCCCAGCCCCGCAUUGCCGAAGCGGAAGGCGGAGGAUGAGAUUCGCCCGGGAGGCACCAAGGUGGCCCGCGUUGAUUCUGCCUCAGAGAAACAGUCUAAAUCGAAUGGCAACUCCCCAAGAUCAUCACCUCGGCCGGCGGAUCGAUCACUUGGCGGCUCCGGCGAUAAGCAAGCCCCCAAGGUACCAUCUGCGGCGGACAAGAAGAGCUUGAACGGGAAGCCGAGCGCGGCAGGGAACAAACCCAGCAAUGCUGGAGCAACGUGCUCUACUGCCAACACGCCACUGUCUUCCCGCCCGGCGACGAGCCGGCCAAACCCGACAGAAGCUGGACCGCCGAGAAAGCGAUCGUAUGCCGAGAUCAUGGCACGGGCGAAGGCUAACUCGGAGCAACGGGAGGCUCUGGUUAAGAUUCAACACAAAACCGUCGAACGGAGCAUGACCAUGAAAGAGCGCAAGGAACUCAAGGCGGCAGAAGCCAAAAAAGCGAGGAUGGCUGGCGGAAAGUCUGCAAUCGGCCGGUCUGGCACUGCAAGCACACCUGUGCGUGAUACAGCGAGGGCGCCUGGGGCGCGAAACGGUCCUUCGUCCGCGUCGACGAACGGGAAGAAGGCGACACCAGUUGAGGGGAAGAAGGUUAAGAAGGCGGCAUUGGCGACAACAGGGUAUACCGGCACUGCACGACCUCGUCCAGGCUCGACAGCCGCCAGGCCUGGAGUCUCAAGCCGGCCUAGCUCCGAGACCCAUGCUCGUGAUAGACCACGGUAUGGUCUCUCGACCUCGCGGAGAUCAUAUGAAGAAGACGAUGACGACUUGGACGACUUCGUCGUUGACGAUGAGGAGGAAGAGGGUGCACCCGGUUAUGGGAUCGCCCGCGAAUACCGGUAUGAGUCAUACGAUGACGAGUCGGACAUGGAAGCUGGCCUAUCCGAUAUCGAAGACGAGGAGAAAAUGGCCGAAACUCAAGCCCUGCGCGAGGAUAUGGAACAGGAGGCCCUGGAGCGGCGGCUGAAACGUGAGAAAGAGGAACGGAAGCGCAAGUUCCUCGAGGCGACCAAGGCCAAGGCCGGUCGCUGACCUCGCUUGUGGCUGCAGCCUAGGGUUCUCGAACGGGAUACAUAAAGCGAACAGAAUGGUGGCCGGAUUUCGAGUUCUGGGUGAACUGCUUUUUUUGGGGAUACCAGAGGUGUUUGGCGUUGAUCAUCACUAGAGGGACAUGCAUCGAAGCCUCGCAUCAUCAGCAAGGAGUCUAUGGAUGGUUGGGCAUCGGGGGCGGUCCAGGGCAUAUUACAUAACAGUAGCAUUUUUCACUUUCGCAGUACACAUUAUUCACUUAAUCUGUAGAGAUCAGUCGAUCCGUGACUCCG